GCAUCACUCUAUUUUCCAGGACCUGCGCGAAGUCUGGCUCAAUUAUCCUCUCCACCCACUGCAACUACAAGAGCCGAAUACUGAUCGACAACUUAUUGAGACUUCUCCAGUUCUGCAGAAACUUACUGAGUUUGAAGAAGCCAUUGGAGUAAUUUUUACUCAUGUUCGACUUCUGGCAAGAGCAUUCACUUUGAGAACUGUGGGAUUUAACCAUCUGACCCUAGGCCACAAUCAGAGGAUGGAAUUCCUAGGUGACUCCAUAAUGCAGCUGGUAGCCACCGAGUACUUAUUUAUUCAUUUCCCAGAUCAUCAUGAAGGACACUUAACUUUGUUGCGAAGCUCUUUGGUGAAUAACAGAACUCAAGCCAAGGUAGCGGAGGAGCUGGGCAUGCAGGAGUAUGCCAUCACGAAUGACAAGACCAAGAGACCUGUGGCUCUUAGGACCAAGACCUUGGCAGACCUUUUGGAAUCAUUUAUUGCAGCGCUGUACAUUGAUAAGGAUUUGGAAUAUGUUCACACUUUCAUGAAUGUUUGCUUCUUCCCACGAUUAAAAGAGUUUAUUUUGAAUCAGGAUUGGAAUGACCCCAAGUCCCAGCUUCAGCAGUGUUGCUUGACACUCAGGACCGAAGGGAAGGAGCCCGACAUUCCUCUGUACAAGACUCUGCAGACUGUAGGACCCUCCCAUGCUAGAACCUACACUGUGGCAGUGUACUUCAAGGGAGAAAGAAUAGGCUGUGGGAAAGGACCAAGUAUUCAGCAAGCGGAAAUGGGAGCAGCAAUGGAUGCACUGGAAAAAUAUAACUUUCCCCAGAUGGCCCAUCAGAAGCGGUUCAUUGAACGGAAGUACAGACAAGAGUUAAAAGAAAUGAGGUGGGAAAGAGAGCAUCAUCCAUCUACCCAGCCAGACAAUGCUUCCUCAGCUCCUCCAUCUGAUAUGUUUGCAGGCAAGGCCUGCUGCUUUGGUUUCAGUGCAGGCUCUAUUGACUACCGAUCCAAAGCCACAUUCUUAAAUCAGUUUCUUCAGUAA